CGCCACCUUCCCCUCCUGCGCGGAUGGUCUCGCCCACAGCUUCCUUCCUGCCCGGCGGGGCGGUGGCCGCUCCGCUCUCCGGAAGUGUCGCUCCAGCCGCUCCCCGCCGGUGCCGUAUCCCACCGCCAGACAGGCUGUGUUGAUUCACUGGCGCUGGAUUUUGAGAACCAACAGCCACCAUGUCUAGCAAAAGAGCAAAGACGAAGACCACCAAGAAGCGCCCUCAGCGCGCCACUUCCAACGUGUUUGCCAUGUUCGAUCAGUCGCAGAUCCAGGAAUUCAAGGAGGCCUUCAACAUGAUUGACCAGAACAGGGAUGGCUUCAUUGACAAAGAGGACUUGCAUGACAUGCUCGCCUCCCUUGGAAAGAAUCCAACAGAUGAAUAUCUGGAUGCCAUGAUGAAUGAGGCUCCGGGCCCCAUCAACUUCACCAUGUUCCUCACCAUGUUUGGUGAGAAGUUAAAUGGCACUGACCCAGAGGAUGUGAUCAGGAAUGCUUUUGCUUGUUUUGAUGAAGAAGCAACAGGGUUCAUCCAAGAAGACUACCUGCGGGAGCUGCUGACCACCAUGGGAGACAGGUUCACGGAUGAAGAGGUGGAUGAGCUGUACAGAGAGGCCCCCAUCGACAAAAAGGGCAACUUCAACUACAUCGAAUUCACGCGCAUCCUCAAACAUGGAGCGAAGGACAAGGAUGACUGAGCAAGUCCCUGGAUUACCUGCACAUUAUCUCUACAUUUAUGUUUAUUUUUAAUGGUUUCUUCCUGAUAGAACUUGUUGCAUGCAUUUAGCUCCAAAGCUUUUGUCUUUUUCAAUAUAUUUAUCUACUCCAGGCCAUUUAGGCACAUUUGCACCUGUAAUCAGACUGGAAGCAGGGAAAAUAUUUUGAGGGAAAGGCUACAGGAAAAACAUUCCCUGGAGUUGAUAGUCCAGGAAAAUAAUCUCAAUGUUUCUGGUUUAGCUGGAUUUUUACAUUUUUGUAAUAAAUGCCAUUUUGAAAUAAAGAUUGCUAUAUAGAUAAAA